CCAGCCCAGCCUCCCCUAACCCCACCCCUCCUCCCAGCCAGUCUCACAGCACCUGGACUGGCCCAGCCUCCUCUACCCCCACCUCCACAAUCACCCACCCUCCUGGCCAGCCCCACAGCACCCGGAUGUACCUGGCCUCCCCUACCCCCAUCCCCAAAUCCAUGCACCCCCCCAGCCAGCCCCACAGCACCUGGACCAGACUAGCCUCCCCCAUCCCCACAACCACCCCCCUUUCCAGCCACCUCCACAGGACCCAGAUGCGCCUGGCCUCCCCUACUACCACCCCUAUCCUCACAAUGACCCACAGAGCCCAAACAGACCCAAGCAUCCCCAUCCCGGCAACCACCCAGUCUCUGAACAUGGCCCACAGCACCUGGCCAGGCCUGGCCCCCACCUCCCCCUCCGACACAACCACCCAGCUUCCUAGCCAGACCCACAGCGCCUGGAUGGGCACAGCUCCCUCCGACCCCACAACCACCCAGCCUCGGGACGAGACCUACAGUGCCCAGAUGGGCCCGGCUCCCUCCGACCCCACAAUCACCCAGUUUCCUAGCCAGACCCACAGUGCCCAGGUGGGCCCAGCUCCCUCAGACCCCACAAGCACCCAGCUUCCUAGCCAGACCCACAGCACCUGGAUGAGCCCGGCUCCCUCCGACCCCACAACCACCCAGCCUCAGGACGAGACCCACAGCGCCCGGAUGGGCUCAGCUCCCUCCGACCCCACAACCACCCAGCCUCAGGACGAGACCCACAGCUCUCGGAUGGGUCCGGCUCCCUCCGACCCCACAACCACCCAGCCUCAGGAUGAGACCCACAGCGCCCAGAUGGGCCCAGCUCCCUCCGACCCCACAACCACCCAGCCUCAGGACGAAACCCACAGCACCUGGAUGGGCCCAGCUCCCUCCGACCCCACAACCACCCAGCCUCAGGACGAGACCCACAUCGCCCGGAUGGGCCCAGCUCCCUCCGACCCCACAACCACCCAGCCUCAGGACGAGACCCACAUCGCCCGGAUGGGCCCAGCUCCCUCCGACCCCACAACCAGCCAGCCUCAGGAUGAGACCCACAGUGCCUGGAUGGGCCCAGCUCCCUUCGACCCCACAACUGCUCAGCUUUGUAGCCAGACCCACAGCGCCCAGAUGGGCCCAGCUCCCUCCGACCCCACAACCACCCAGCCUCAGGACAAGACCCACAGCGCCCGGAUGGGCCCAGCUCCCUCCGACCCCACAACCACCCAGCCUCAGGACGAGACCCACAGCGCCCGGAUGGGCCCAGCUCCCUCCGACCCCACAACCACCCAGCCUGAGGACGAGACCCACAGCGCCCGGAUGGGCCCAGCUCCCUCCGACCCCACAACCACCCAGCCUGAGGACGAGACCCACAGCGCCCAGAUGGGCCCAGCUCCCUCCAACCCCACAAUCACCCAGCUUCCUAGCCAGACCCACAGUGCCCAGAUGGGUCCAGCUCCCUCCGACCCCACAACCACCCAGCUUCCUAGCCAGACCCACAGCACCUGGAUGGGCCUGGCUCCCUCCGACCCCACAACCACCCAGCCUCAGGACGAGACCCACAGCGCCCAGAUGGGCCCAGCUCCCUCCAACCCCACAACCACCCAGCCUCAGGACGAGACCCACAGCGCCCAGAUGGGUCCAGCUCCCUCCGACCCCACAAGCACCCAGCCUCGGGACGAGAUCCACAUCGCCCGGAUGGGCCCAGCUCCCUCCGACCCCACAACCACCCAGCUUCCUAGCCAGACCCACAGCACCCGGAUGGGCCCGGCUCCCUCCAACCCCACAACCACCCAGCCUCGGGACAAGACCCACAGCACCCAAAUGGGCCCAGCUCCCUCCGACCCCACAACCACCCAGCCUCAGGACGAGACCCACAGCUCCCGGAUGGGCCUGGCCUUUCCCUCCAAGCCCCAGGGCAAGCCUCCUGGUACUCGGACGCACUAUGCCAGCCCAGCAAUUAAUGGGACAGGUUGUGCCAAGACACCUGGAGCGCCCUGGCUUCCAGGCACCCCAGCUGCACAGACAGAUGCUGCCACCACGCCAGGCCAGCCUCAGGGACCCGUCCUGGAGAUGCCACACCCUGCCACCCGCGCCCUCCCAGCCACUGCCUUCCCCCCAACCAUGCCCUCAACCCUGGCCCUCCCAUCCCUGGCCACUGCUCCCCACACCACCACCCCUCGGGCCACCACCACCCCUGCUCCGCCCCCUGCCCAGGGGGCAGUGACUAUGGUGUGGGAGACAAGAGCCCCCGUACCGGCUGCAGGGCUGGGGGCAGUCAGGGGGAAGGGGGAUUGCCAGGAGCCAGGCUACAAAUCCCCCCAGCUGCAGGAGCUGAUCCAGGUGGUGCGGGAGCUGCGCGGGGACUUGCACGCCCUCGUCCAUACCCAGCAGCAGGAGCGUCGCCAGCUGGGAGCCAUCGCUGGCAGCCUGGCCGAGCUGGCGGGGGCUGUACGGCAGCUGAUAGGGGAGCUGCCCAGCCAGAUGCUUCGGGGGCAGAGCCAGCUCCCCCUCCAGCGUGGCGCAGGCAGGGCCCUGCACCCCACACUGACAGCCUUGCCUGAUACCUACCUACCAAAGAGCCCCACUGAGAGACAGACCCCCCCCUCCCCAGCCUGAACUAACCCCCCACUGAGAGACAGACCCCCCCCCUCCACGGUCUGAACUAACCCCCCACUGAGAGACAGACCCCCUCCCCGGCCUGAACUAACCUCCCACUAAGAGACAGACCCCCUCCCUGGCCUGAACUAACCCCCCACUGAGAGACAGACCCCCUCCCCAGCCCGAACUAACCGGCCACUGAGAGACAGACUCCCCCUCCCUGGCCUGAACUAACCCCCCACUGAGAGACAACCCCCCCCCCCCCCAUUCUGCACUGCCGCCCCCCCUCUGCUGAGAGGCAGAUCCCA